AUGGCCGAUGAAACAAAAAACAAUGAGGUAACGUCAAAACUGUUGGAAAAUGAACUUGUGGCAAGCUUUCAAAAACCGCCUGAAGAGGAAUGUGGAAAGGAAGAAAAGUUAACAUCAGAUUCUGUUUUGAAUUCAUACGGUAUGUGUAAAAAUUUUUUAAAAAGGGCAGGGUGAUUAUCUCUGGCUUUUAAAAAUAAUUUUUAUUUCAUCCUUACCCUUAGUUCAGGCUUAGUGUUACCCUGAGUUUGAACUUGAAAUUAAGCCACAGCUUCAGUCUAAGCUGCAGCUUGAGCAUGAACUUAAGCUUAAGCAUGGGUUUAAAUCUAAGCUUGAGCUUAAACCACUGCAUGAGCUUGACUUGAUUUUAAGCGUAAGCCUGAGCUUUAGCCUAAGCUUGAUCUUGAACCCGCGCUUAUGUUUGGUUUUGAGAGUAAGUUUGAGCUUAAGCUUUAGUUUCAGCUUUAAAAUUAGUUUCACGCUUAUCUCUAUCCCUAUUCCUAAACUUUAAAUUAUAUUGUAAUUGUUAUGUUCAAAAUAAUUGUUUAGGUAACACAAACCCAUAUCAGCUAUGGGUAUUCGUAGCUAUGGGUUUCUGUUGGUUUUGGACCGCUUUUCCAGCAAUGAUUAUAACCUUCUCUGUUGGAGACAUAUGUCUUGAUGCUAACAAUUGUACUAUAACCAAGGGGAGUAUUAUUGAAGAAGUGAGUUUUUAAAAAUUUUUUUAAAAACUGAAAUUUUUUUAUAUUACGAAAGUUUUUUAAAUAUUUUUGGACACUAUAUUAUAUAUAGUAUAUAAUAUUUUUCAAUUUACAGUAGUCCUUUUUCGAAGUUAAUAAUUUUUAAAUUCAGCUUUCAGUUUAAUUUAGUUGGUGCUGACUCCUACAAAGCUGAAAUGUCAUUGACAAUAUCGACCAUUGGGAAUUUGUUUGGAUCUACUAUACUAUCUAACGUAUCUGACAGGUAAUGAUUUUUCAAGCUUAAGAUAAUUAAGUUUAAGUGUACUAAGCCUAAGCCUAAUCCUACUAAGUCUAAGGCUACUAAGCUUGAGCCUACUAAGUCUAAGCCUACUAAGCCUAAAGCUACUAAGCUUAAGUCGACUAAGACUAAGCUUACUAAGCCUAAGCGUACUAAGCCUAAGCCUACUACGCCAAAGCCUACUAAGCCUAAGCCUACUAAGCCUAAGGCUACUAAGCUUAAGUUUACUAAGAUUAAGCUUACUAAGCCUAAGCGUACUAAGCCUAAGUCUACUACGCCAAAGCCUACUAACCAUAAGCCUACUAAGUUUUAGCUUACUGAGCCUAAUUCUACUAAGCUUCAGCCUACUAAGCCUAAGGCUACUAAGCCUAAGCUUACUAAGCGUAAGCCUACUAAGCCUAAGCUUACUAAGCUUAAGCCUACUAAGCCUAAGCCUACUAAGUCUAAGCCUACUAAGCCUAAGCCUACUAAGCCUAAGCUUACUAAGCCUAAGCCUAUUAAGGUAAGCCUACUAAGCCUAAUUGUAAGUUUGAUUCUACUGAGUUUUAACUAACAGAGUCUAAGCCUUCUAGGCCUAAAACUAAAAACUUAAGCUUACUAUGUUUUAGCUCACUGGCCUUUUUAUGCCUUAGCCUAAGACUGCUAAACAUGACAAACUUAUAAUUAAUAAAAUUUUUGAUUUAAAUUAUUUUUUUUAGGAAAGGCAGACGACCAGUCCUAAUAACUAGCUUAUUUUUACUCGGAUUUCUCGGUGUUUUGUCAGCGUUUUCACCCAAUAUUUAUGUGUUUGCCAUCUUUAGAAUUUUCCAAGGCGUUUUUUCAUCGGUAAGACUACUGUAAAAUCUCUAUAUAUUCGAAGUUUAAAAAUAUUUUUUAAAAUUUCACUUCAAGAUACUGUAGAAUCAAGUUUCUAUUUAGGGCGUAGGCACUACUAAUUGGGUACUAUCAUAUGAAUCAGCUUCAAUGGGUCUUCGCUCCUAUGCAGCUCUAAUCUUUGGCUUAAUCUGGGUAGCCGGCUACGUCCUAGUAGCACCACUAUGCUAUUUCCUACCGUACUGGAGGCAUCAAGUUCUAUUCGGUUCACUACCAUGUGCAUUGGCAGCUAUAUUGUACUACUUUACUGUACCUGAAAGCUUUCAUUUUGCUGUUUCGAAUAAUCGAAAGAAGGCUGUACUGAACUGGUACUGCAAAAUGAAUAGUACUAGUAAGGUGAAAAGAGAUGUUGAUGAAGUGGAUGAGCUAAUUGCUUCUCAUGUUGGUAGUAAAAGUAGUACAAAAGAGGAUGACAGCAGUACGGGACUGUUUGGGGCUCUGAUACAGAAAAAGAGCUUAUUGUUGUACUUGAUAGUGUUGUCGUAUGUAUGGUAAGUCGAGUUUAUAAAGUGCAUAAAAUGUGAUUUUUCCAGUUUUGAAAUGGCAAAAAUUGCAAUUUCUUUAAGAAAAAUUUCACUUUUUUCCGUUCUUUGCGCGGAUUCGAACUUUUUUUUAUUUUGGACAUUUUUAAACCAACAUAACUUUGCCAUUAGGUUAGACAUAAGUAUGAAAUUGAUAGGAUUGAUAAAGUUUUGCAUGCUGUAUUUAUUUUAACAUUUAGUUUUUUGAAAAUUAACGGGAAAGUUAUUUAAAAAUGCCACAAAACUAGCUGUUCUCUGGGCGGAUUCAAACUUUUUUUUGAUUUUUGACAUUUUUAAACCAACAUAACUCUGUCGCUAGCUAAGAUUUUGGUAUAAAAUUGAUAGAACUGGUAGAGUUUUGUUUUAUUUACUUAUUUGAAUACUUAGUUUUUUAUAAUUUAUGGCUCAGAUACUUAAAAAAUGGCAUAAAACGUCUUGUUCUCUAGGCGGAUUCGAACUUUUAUUGAUUUUUUAAUCUUUCGAAUGAGCUUAACUAUGUUAUAUUAUGUGGCAUUUGUAUGAAAAUUUAAGUAUAGGCACAACUUUUUAUUCCUGACAGUCUUUUUUUUUAUUUUACUAAAUUUUAAAAUUUUUGGGUUAUUGUAGGAUUACUGUAACUUUUUUUUUCUAUGUUUUUUUGUCAUUUUGCGCUUUUUUUUGAAUUGAAAUUGCCAUAAUAUACAAAUUUUUGAAAUUUAAAUUUAACUAAAAGCUUGUACUUUCAGGAGCAGUGACUCAUUUGUCUACUCCGGCCUCUACCUUAUAUCAACAACGUUAGGCGGAAACAAGUACUGGAACUUUGUUCUAACCGGCCUUGCUGAAAUACCCUCUUACCUGGUAUCUCCAUAUCUUCUGCAAAAGAUGGGAAGACGUUACUUUGUGUCAUUUACCCAUCUCUUAACCACUUUGUGUUUCAUUGGGGUAAUUUUCAUUGAUCAUGAGAGAUCAUCCUUUAUCUGCUGGUUAAUUGGCAAAUUUGCUAUUUCUUGUGCAUACACAGCCAUAUUCGUGUAUGCAUCUGAAGUGUUUCCUACUGUGUAUCGAAGUGGUUGUAUUGGGAUUUGUAUGUUUAUCAGCUGCUUUGGUGGAGCCGCUUCUGGAAGUGUUAGGAGCAUGGUGAGUUUAAACUAAAUUUAACUUGAGGUUAACUUUAAAUUAGGGUAGGAUAGGGUAGGGUAGGGUAAAAUAAGGUACUUCUCGAUUUAAAAAAAAGUAGGGUAGGAUAAGUACACUUGGAUUUAAAAAAUUCUUUUUAGAAUGUGAUAUCACCCAACCUACCGAACUUUUUCUUCGCUGGAGCGGCUUUAUUAGCUUCUGGUCUAACCUUACUAUUACCCGAAACUCGAGGAAAACAACUACCAGAUAAUACUGAAGAAGUGCUACAACUUAAAGAAGACGAAGAAAAUUAA